CAAGCUGAAUUGCAAUACCAGAAAGAACUCUUGAGGAUUAAGAAUGAGAUAGAACAAGCUAAGCUGGAAGAAGAAGCUGAGAAAUCAUCAGUGAACCUUGGUAAACUCAAGUUAACGCUACAUGAUGCUGACGUAAAUCGUGAGUUUGGAUUGUCUGGGGCCCAAGAUACAGAUAAAGAAACCCUUUUGAACGAUCCUGAAUUAACUACGGCCGCACCUUCCAUGAAUGAACAUGCAAUGCACUAUCAUGGUUUCUCGUCACUAAAGGACAAGGAGACCGGGUUGUCAGGAGCAAGAUGUCAGUAUAUAAAAGAGCCAGCUCCUGCUGAAGAAACACAACCUUGUAAUGAACAUCCAACCAAUAAACUGGUUAAAUUUGUAACAAGUGGAACUGAACAGAUAAAUCGAGGAGAGUACAAUCAACAGUGGAACUGA